AGGAGCCACCUUUCACACCCUCUUCUCCCUUCUCGUGUGACCCCUCUCCGAUCCAGAGCUUUCGUUCGGAGUUGGGCAACAAGCGAGCUGCUCGUGGUACGCUGAACCGCUUCUGAGCUCGCAUUCGAGUCCUGUUGUUCUUGAAACGCUGCUUCCUGGGAUGCUGAUUUGAAGAGUGGGAGGGAAAGGAAGGUGGUUCCUGUUCGUCCAUGGGGAAUUGCUGGGUUGCAGAGGUCAAAACGGACAGUCCCUCGCACGUCGUCUUCGCCUCAGGAAGGAACUCUAAACAUGGCAGCAAGAAGGGAACUGUGUUGAGUGCUUCCAGCAGAAGGGUGUCUGCUUCCUCUGUGCCUCUGACCCCAGGGAGCGAGGGCGAGAUCCUGUCAUCGUCCAAGCCCAAGAGCUUCACCUUCAGUGAACUCAGAACUGCCACCAGGAACUUCCGGCCGGACAGUUUGUUGGGAGAGGGCGGCUUCGGUGCGGUCUUCAAAGGAUGGAUCGACGAGCACACGUUUGCAGCAGCCAAGCCGGGGACCGGAUUAAUAAUCGCCGUGAAGAAGCUCAACCCGGAAAGUUUCCAGGGCCACAGGGAGUGGAUGACAGAGGUGAAUUACCUGACUCAGCUAUCUCACCCUAACCUCGUAAAGCUCAUCGGGUACUGCCUGGAGGACGAACAGAGGCUUCUUGUGUAUGAGUUUAUGCCUCGAGGAAGCUUGGAGAAUCAUCUCUUCAGGAGUAGGUGGUUUGUGCCAUUCUUCACUGUCACUCAUCCUAUUUGCUUCGAUGGGUCUCAGUUUGUGGGUGAUGCAGGGAGCCCAUACUAUCGUCCACUCUCUUGGAGUCUACGGAUGAAGAUUGCUCUGGGAGCCGGAAGAGGACUCGCUUUUCUGCAUAGUGACAAGGCAAAGGUCAUAUACCGUGAUUUCAAGACCUCCAAUGUGCUCCUCGAUUCGAACUACAAUGCAAAGCUAUCAGAUUUUGGGCUGGCAAAAGAUGGUCCCAGCGGUAGCAAAAGCCAUGUCUCGACGAGGGUCAUGGGGACAUACGGAUAUGCUGCGCCCGAGUACCUUUCCACCGGUCAUUUGACUGCUAAGAGCGAUGUUUAUAGCUUUGGAGUUGUUCUUGUUGAAUUGUUGACCGGUCAGCGUGCGAUCGACAAGAACCGGCCCUCCGAAGAACACAAUCUGGUUGAGUGGGCAAAGCCUUAUCUCGCAAGCAAGCGAAGGGUCAUCCGCAUCAUGGAUUCCAGAUUGCAAGGGCAGUACUCGGUGGCAGGAGCGCAGAGAACAGCGGGUCUCGCACUGCAGUGCCUGUCCAUGCAAGCAAAGCGCAGGCCAUCCAUGGAUCAAGUGGUGAUCGCAUUAGAACAGCUUCAGGAUGCUACAGACAUGGAGAGAACCCCUAAGACUGAACUGAAGUCAAGCGGCCACAGGGGCAGUGACCGUGCACAUAAUAUGCCUCGCCGGAAAAUUUCGGUGGAUGUUGGGGACGGAAAGGUUGCUCGUCCAAGGCCUGCAGCUUCCCAUCUCAACGCUUAGGAGCAUUAGCUACCAAGGGUAGAUGAGAUGAAAAGAGUAGAACACUAGGCAAUGUGUUGCACUUAGCAAGCAAUCUAUCUGUGUCAUCUUCAUCUUCAUCUUCAUCUGUUGUGUACAGAUACUCUUCUUGUUGCUCAUCUUUUCAGUGUCUAAAUGGCGUCCUCCACUGGAGACUUUAUGUUCUCGAGGAUUGGAUGAGUUUAACUGUUA